AUGACGUUGAAAGGAGGGAAGCAGGAGAGCUCUGACCAUGGCGGUGGUUCAAAGGGGAAAAUGACCAUCACGCUGGCGCUGGUGGCGCUGAUCUCUGCCUUUGGAUCUUCUUUUCAGUAUGGCUACAAUGUGUCUGUCAUCAACUCUCCAGCCCCGUACAUGCAGGACUUCUACAACCAAACCUACUUCGACAGGAAUGGAGUGCCCAUGGACAGUGGCUUCCAGACACUGCUCUGGUCUCUCACCGUGUCCAUGUUCCCUUUGGGUGGCUUUUUUGGGUCCCUCAUGGUGUGGCCUCUGGUCAACAACUGUGGCCGAAAAGGCACUUUGCUGAUAAAUAACCUCUUCUCCAUCGUUUCUGCAAUCCUUAUGGGAACCUCAGAGCUAGCAAAAACAUAUGAAGUAAUCAUCCUUUCACGUAUUAUCAUGGGAAUAUAUGCUGGUCUGGCUUCCAAUGUGGUUCCCAUGUUCCUUGGAGAACUGUCCCCCAAAAAUCUGAGAGGUGCUAUUGGGGUAAUACCCCAGCUCUUCAUCACCGUUGGGAUCCUUUCAGCUCAGAUCCUUGGUCUCAACAGCAUCCUUGGGAAUGCUGAAGGCUGGCCUGUGCUGCUGGGGCUCACUGGGAUCCCAUCACUUCUUCAGCUCCUUAUAUUGCCUUUUUUCCCCGAGAGUCCCAGAUAUCUGCUGAUACAAAAGGGCAAUGAAGAGCAGGCACGACAAGCUCUGCAGAGGCUGAGGGGCUGUGAUGAUGUGUAUGAUGAGAUAGAGGAAAUGCGCCGAGAAGAUGAGUCAGAAAAGGAGGAAGGACAGUUCUCUGUGCUCAGCCUGUGCACCUUCAGAGGCCUGAGGUGGCAACUCAUCUCUAUCAUUGUCAUGAUGAUGGGCCAGCAGCUCUCUGGGGUUAAUGCGGUCUUCUACUAUGCAGACAGAAUCUUCCAGUCAGCAGGUGUGGACAACAAAAAUGUUCAGUAUGUCACCGUGUCCAUAGGUGCCAUCAACGUCGUCAUGACUUUGCUUGCUGUUUUCAUUGUGGAAUCCCUGGGGAGGAGAAUCCUUCUCCUUGCUGGCUUUGGGUUGUGCUGUCUCUCCUGUGCAGUGUUAACUUUGGCCCUUAAUCUCCAGAACACUGUCUCAUGGAUGUCCUACCUCAGCAUAGUGUGUGUCAUUGUCUACAUCAUUGGACAUGCCAUAGGAGCCAGUCCAAUUCCCUUCGUGAUGAUCACUGAGAUGUUCCUGCAGUCAUCCCGGCCUGCAGCCUUCAUGGUGGGUGGCUCUGUGCACUGGCUCUGCAACUUCACCGUGGGGCUUGUGUUCCUCUACAUGGAGGCUGGACUGGGGCCCUACAGCUUCCUCAUCUUCUGUGCCAUCUGCCUCGCCACCAUAAUUUACAUCUUCAUUAUUGUACCUGAGACAAAGAACAAAACCUUCAUGGAAAUCAACAAGAUCAUGGCCAAGAGGAACAAGGUGGAGAUUCAGGAAGACAAAGAUGAACUUAAGGAUUUCAGCACUACCCCUGGUGGGCAGGCAGGGUAUUAA